CCAACCCUGCCACACUCAGCCCUUCAUUCCCUCGAAGCCGCCUCGCACCCCACGCCGCUCUCCUUGCUCAGAGGCAGGCCAGUGUGGGGCAACGAAGGAUUUCCAAACGUGCCGAGCGCUGAGGCGGAGUGACUCAGCACGCUGCAAGGAGAGCGAGCGCGACAGGAAAACGGCGUUAAGCAGGAGCAAGCUUCACUAAACUUUAAAGCCAUAGAAGCCAAAACGCUGGAUUUGCCCUACGGGGACGCACACUCUUACAAAACGGACACGCGACGGGAGGGAGGAGCGGAAGCGGCAGACCGCUCCCCGCACAGCCCGGCGAGGCCGCUCCCCACGCCCGUCCGCGCAGUCCCUCCCCUACUCCGCGUGGCCGCUGACCCUUCCCCCCCCUUCCCCUCUCCCCUGCACUCCGCCGGGGAAGCCCACGCCCCGUCCCGCUCCUACUCGCGCGCUGCAGAGGGCGGAGCCGGGGCCUUGAAACAGAGGCGGGCGCGAAGCGGGAGGGGAGCCGCGCUGCCGCUCGAGUUACUUGCGUGCGGCUGUAGUGGCUUGUGUUGCGUCACGCCUCUGUCAGCGCUGCAGCGCACCUGCAUCUGUGCUGUGCUGUGGAAGGAGGAUGAGGUAGCCGCUUCUCGACAGCUCUUGAGGAGUUUCUCACCAAGCCAAGAUCCUGCUGCUGACUUGACAAAGCAUCCCUGGGACCGGGAGGAAAGUGGAGAUUCAACAUUAAGUUCUCCAGCCUUAAGAAACGUCUGUCCUCCAGCAAAGACGAAAGCCAGGAGAAAGGGCAAGGACUUCUGAUCUGAAGCAGACUGUGACGAGCUGGUCUAUCUCUGAAUCUAUCAUGGAACAGGAUAUCUAUAGUGAUGGAUCUGACCAUGUGGAACGUAUGCUGCUCUUUGCUUUCCUGGCGGAGUCCUCUGGUUGCGAGUUCAGACAGCAGCUGCCAGUCCUACAAAGCCAGGGCGUCUUGUGCUCUCUGAAGGAGGUUCACUGUUACGAUAGUGAUGGGGAACUUCAGACUGAUGGGAAUCGAAGUGGCCACUUGCAGAAUGGUGAGCUAGCAGUGCUUGACCCUGAGGUGAAUGAAGAAAUUGUCCGGACCAUUGCUGCUCAGCUUGCUGAGAUUGGAGACCAGCUGGAUAACGAAAUCAAUGCAGAAGUAGUAAAUGAUCUAGUGCAACAUUUUCUGAAUGAGAAUCUGCCUAGAGAGGAGAUAACCCGGUGCCUGUUACAGGCAGUGGAAGGGCUUGCCAGAGCCAUCCCAUCAGAGCUGGAGCAAGAGAAGGCCAUGCUGGUGCUAGCAAUGCUCUUAACUAAGAAAGUGGCAAAUCAAGUGCCUUCCCUUCUACAACGUGUCUUCAGCACCACUGUGAACUACAUCAGCCAACACUUCCACAACUACAUUGUCAGAAUGCUCCGUGAGUGAGAGACCUCCAGCCAUCGGCUUCCUGAAGACUUUUUAACUUGUUGAUAUGCUCAGAUUACUUCUUCUGCUCAUAACUUCUGAGACACAGCUGUGAAAGGGAAGGCAGAGCUUGUAGAUGGGCUUUUGUAGACUAGCGCAGUAGCGAUGGUAGUGAGAGCUGCAUGACUGGUCUGCCAGCACCUGUAAGUAUAGUGCUUACCCCCCUCCAUUUUACAAAAUAAAUGUUUUUCUUAUUAUUUUUUUUUCUUCCCUCUCCUUAUUGGUAGCAGAUGUAAUGCAGGUACAGCCCCUGGCUCGUGCCUCCAGGGGAAAUGCACUGGGUGCUGAGCCCGCCUUGUCAGUAUUUCUGACCAACUGCUGCAUCCUGCAGGUUGCUGUGCUGCAGCUGGGCAAGGUACAGGGGUAGAUUUAAAGGGGGAACAGUAUCCGGAGAUGCAUGAGGAAAGGUGGUCUUUGGCUUCAGAGCAGCUUGCCGUAGAGAAAAGAAACCAGCUUUGAAUGAUGAGGAGUACCUGGUGUCUCUUGUCAGCAGCACGUUGCAUUCACAUCUCAGGUUUCAGUGAACAAACUUGGACUCAGGUUGUUUGAUGUAUGUGUCAUCACAUACGUGGUGGCUGAGGCUCCACCUGUGAUCCAGCUGCCUCUGAAGAUAUCAUGUAAAUAAUGUCUUUUUGUCAGUGUUGUUCUGUGUGUUUUUUUAAAAAUAAAAAUGGCCAUAACAUAUA